AUGCAGGCGACGUUCGAUCCGCGUUAUGAAGCCAUCGAAGCGCAUUGUAAAUGUGUCGGAAGUCUUGACAUGGAAUGUAUUCGCUUUGAAACGCCACCAAGGGACAAUAAUUCCAAAUGUGUUUGCACUUAUGAUCGAGAUUUAAUGGUCGCAUGGCCAUGUUUCAAUAUUACUGUAUGGUUCGAUCACAUUUGCCCGUCAUGCAAGGAGGAUGGCUAUUGUGAAUACAAAUUGGAAGAGGGUGAAACGUCUCCCGGCGGUCUUGAAUGGCCAUGUAAGUGCCGGAAUCGGACUGAAUCUUCAGAAUUUCAAGACGUAAGCUUGUUUUUAGCCUGA